UGGCCACGCCUCUGUGCGCGAGGAGGCAGGCAGGAACGUCAACGUCGGGGUGGACUAGAGUGAUUGAAUCUGUUUAGUAAAGAAACUACACCAGAAGGAAACACAGUCUGUCGGCGUUACUUGCUCAAUUUUGACAGAGCAUUCCCUUUAAAAUGGCGUAUCACAGUCCAUACAGAGCUCCCCCGCACAUCAACGCGCCUCCGGACCAGAGUUUUCUGUGGAAUAUCUUCCAGAGAGUUGACAAGGACCGUAGUGGAGUAAUAUCAGACUCAGAGCUUCAGCAGGCCUUAUCGAAUGGCACAUGGACUCCUUUCAACCCAGUGACGGUGCGCUCCAUCAUAUCCAUGUUCGACAGGGAAAAUAAAGGCGGGGUGAACUUCAACGAGUUUGCCGGUGUGUGGAAGUACAUCACAGACUGGCAGAACAUCUUCAGGAACUACGACAGGGACAACUCCGGCUUCAUCGAUAAGAACGAGCUCAAACAGGCGCUGACUGGAUUCGGUGAGCAGCAAAGCUAUCGUCUAUCAGAUCAGUUCUACUGCACGCUGAUAGAGAAGUUUGACCGCCAGAGGAAGGGACAAGUUGCCUUCGAUGACUUCAUCCAGUGCUGUAUUGUACUACAGAGGUUGACUGAUGUGUUCAGGCGGUACGAUACAGACCAGGAUGGCUGGAUCCAGGUUUCAUAUGAACAGUAUCUAUCCAUGGUCUUCAAUAUAGUAUAACGUACACGGAUCACCACAAAAGAGCACAACUGGACACAACUGUGCCAAAGCUACCGGCAACUCCCAGAUGUCUGCCAUGGAGGACACUACAAGAUUUUUUUAAACCUAAUCCUUAGCCCGAGUUGGGCUGUUUCACACAAAUUUAUAUGAUGAAUACAAGAAAACUGAGAGGAACCUUCAGUUUGUUUUUAGGUUGUAAUAUCCUCCAGAUGACAGUAUUUAUCUGGAGAUACAACUACAAUGCUUCAUGUAUUUAAAAAAAAA